UUACCAGUGAAACAGUUUGUUGUGAACAUUUGUUUACAAACAAUAAUUAUAAUAAUCUUUAAGUACUUUUGAAUUCCUAUAACUCGUUAAAAAUGCCACGGCGCAGAAAAUCCAAUCUUUCUAGAAGAACCCGAGCCGCAACUAAACGUCGGAAUGUUAAGAAAGAAUUCACUGAUGAAGAGCUUGCGAGCGCACGGGAGAAGAAUCGGUUAAGUACGGCCAGAUACCGUGCUUCAAGGACCCAAGAGGAGAAGGAGAAAGCACGUGAAAAGGCCAAAUUGGCUAUGAGAAGACGUAGAGCUGGUCGCAAAGAUCAACAGCGUCUUAGAAGCUUUAGCAGUGACGCUUCUAGUGAUAUUUUAAUUCCGAUUGAUGUCUGUGAUAACGAUAUACUUCAGCGCAUUGAAACAGGCAGUAAGGUACCAACGUCUAAGAAAAUAAAGGACCAAGAAAUGACCGAGAAUGACCUUAGACAAGCAUUUGAAGAAUUAAAAUGCAAGAAUUUAGCAAAUAACCAUACGAAGUAUUUCAUUACUAGUGAACGAGCAACAUACUUAAUUUAUAUCAACAAGUUUUAAGAGGAACUUGCUAUAAAACUAAAUACAAUAAUAAAAAUUGUGUUAUAUUUUAA